AAUGUUUAGAUUUUACGGAAAUUAUAUCUUUGCUAUCUUAUUUUUUCUUCAAGUUACAAAAACAGAAGUACAGAUACCAGAAGAUGCUCCAUUUUAUUGCGAUUGUGAUUUGGAUAUCGCUGUAGUUCUAGAUACAUCGAGCAGCGUUAAGGAAAGAGAUAUCUUAAAUCUUCAAUAUUUCUUUCAUUCUUUCUUUAAAACUAUUAAUUUAAGAAAUCAGACAAAGUUAGCUUUUGUUACAUAUGCUACUAAGGCAAAUAUUCACUUUUCAUUGAAAUCGCCUUUAACAUCAAUAUCGCAAAUAAAUUCAUUCCUGAGAAAGAGAAAGUUUCGAGGUGGGGCGAAUAAUUUGGCUAGCGCACUUCAUCUCUUAAAUACCCAAGUUUUUAAAGAAGCACACGGAGAUCGCGACUACGCACCGAAUGUUGCUUUAAUUAUCACUGAUAGUUCAUCGGAUAUCAACGCCGAAAGAACAGUUUUUAAGGCUGAGAGAGCCCGAAAAAACGGUCUUCAAAUUUUCAUUCUAGGGAUAAAACUACGGGGAAAUGAUAGAGCAAUUGAAGAGUUACGUUACGUAUCUUCUCCUCCACAUAGGAGAUAUUUGGUUUUGGUGGAAAACUACGAAAUAUUGAUAAGAGAUAGCAGAAAAAUUUUUGAACAAUUUUGUAAUAGUAUUUUAUUGCAAGCCCACCUGUUAUCUUUGCAUAAUCAAUCAUCCGUUUACAAAAAGGAUUGUACGAAAAUAAUUGAUUUGGCCAUUCUUGUUGAUUCUUCAUCUAGUAUUGGAGUUAAACAUUUUCAUCUUAUUUUACAGUUUACCAGCAGCAUUAUUCAAGAAUUGGACAUAGAUUACGGCCAAGCAAGAGUCUCUUUAACGACCUUUAGUACAAAAUCUACUAUUCAUUUCUAUUUGAAUAAAUUUAAUUCGAACAAUGCAGCUUUACAAGCUUUAAAGUACAUACAAUAUAUAUACGGAAUAUCAAAUGUUACAGCAGCAUUGGAAAAUGUUACAAACAACGUUUUCCACUAUUCUAAAGGUGACAGAAGAAACGCUGAAAAUAUUCUUUUAUUAAUAACUGAUGGUAGAUGGACAACAAGUGUUCAAGAGAUUUAUAAACAAGCCGAAAAUACAAAAAAGUCCGGAAUAAAGAUAAUGGCUAUUGGUGUUGGCGUUGAAUCAAUUAAAAAUGCAAUACUAAACAAAACUGUUUCAACACCUAUUCGUAAUAAUCUAUUAUACGUUUCUAAAUAUUCACAUCUACACGCUGAGAGGCAAAAGAUACUUGCAAACAUAUGCAAUUUUCAACCCGUUCAACCAACUCUACCGGAUAAUAAUGUACACAAACCAUUCUCUGGUGGAGAUAUUGUAUUUCUAAUAGAUUCUAGCGGUAGUAUUGGUAAAUGGAAUUUCGGUAAAAUUAAAAGAUUUGUUAUCAAAAUUAUAAACCGAUUGGAUGUCGAUGAUAAAACUUAUAGAAUAUCUUUACUAACGUUUGGUAAAAAAGUUAAAGUUUGGCUACGUUUGAACGAUAGCGAAAGAAAGAUUGAUAUUGUUAAAAGAAUCAGAAAAGUACAAUAUCAGUUUGGAUUUAAAUCAAAUAUUUUAGACGCUUUAAAGGUUUUAAGAAAUGAUUUAUUUCAAACUUCUGUUGGAGAUAGACCGAAAGUACAAAAUAUAGCUGUUAUUAUAACUGAUGGUAUUUCAAACUCCAAAUCAAUAUGGGAAGAAGCUAGAAAUGUACACGACUCUUUAAUUAACGUAAUAUGCAUUGGAAUUAUAAACGGUCAAAACGAAAAUCAACUUAUUCACGGUUUAACUGAUCUGGCAUCAAAGCCUCAUUCUUCAAAUUUAAAAAUUAUUAAAGGGUUUAACCAAUUGCAGAAGUUAGUAAUACCAUUGGUGAAAUAUUUUCAAGCAGCCUGCAAUUCUGCAGCAGAUUUAGUGUUCAUAUUAGAUUCUUCUGGUUCUAUUGGAGAAGAGAGUUUUUUCAAAUUAAAACGAUUCGUCAAAAGUGUUAUAGAAGAGAUUGACAUAGUUUCUUGCAACUUUAGAAUUGGCUUACUUAAAUAUGGAAGUGAUGUCAUAAUUGAAUUUCAUUUAAAUAAGUUUAAUACAACAUCAGAUAUACUAACAGGCAUUGAGCAAUUUGGAUACAGUUUUGGUUAUACAUUUACAUCGGAAGCUUUGAGAAUAGCUAGAGAGGAGAUGUUUCAUGAAAGCUACGGUGAUAGAAAAGACGCUAGAAAUAUUUUGGUUAUUAUCUCGGACGGAUUAUCAAAUAUUGGAACAAAGAAUACCGCAUUAGAAGCGAAGCAUUGUUCGAAUGAAGAUAUAUCAGUUAUACCAAUAGGUGUUCCAGUAAAGAAGAAGGAUAUAUUUAUUCCUCUGGCAACGGAGAAAUUAAAGGGAAUCUUUACUGCAGAAACUUUUGAAGAUUUAUUCAAGAUACGCAGAGAUCUACUUCAUUAUUUGCUGGAAGACGUUGAUCAAUGCAACCCAAAUCCUUGUUUAAAUAACGGAGAAUGUAAAGAUGGUAUUUAUUCAUAUACUUGCAAGUGUCCUCCAGCUUUUUCUGGAGUAGACUGUGAACAACAAUGCAACAGCAAAUCGGAUAUUAUGUUUAUCAUCGACCAAUCAGCUUUUAUCGGAAGAUAUUUAUUAAAAAAAGCUAAACAAUUUGCAAUUGAUUUAAUUAAACAAUUUAAUAGAGGACAGAGUCGUAUUGGUUUAAUAAGUUACGAUUCAGAAGCCAAAUUGUUAUUGUCAUUAUCGAAUAAUUCACAGAGACAAUUAGAGGAACUGCUCAGAGUUAACGUAACUUUUAGGGGAGGUUAUCCAUACACAGCUGGAGCCAUGAGAUUAGCAUUAAAUGAAUUUUCGAAGGAGACUGUCAACAGAAAAGAUAUUGCAAAUUUUGCUUUUCUAUUAACUGGUGGAACAAGAAUGGAUAAAUUUAAUAUGGAAACUAAAAAUGGAACUAUUGUAAAAUUCUUCACUUUUGGAGUUGGAAAAGUCGAACAUGACGAUUGGAAACCUUUUGAACCCUUUCAUCCCGAUAUUUACAAUCAAAUAAACACGGAAAAAGAAUCCCUGGUACAUUUAGAGCACGUAACACAUUCGUUAUUGAGUGCCCUCUGCGAAAAAGAGGAUCAAUGUUUGUCCUCUCCCUGUAAAAAUGCUAUAAAGUGCCUGGAUGGAAUUAACAAGUAUACGUGCAUAUGCAAAGAUGGUUUUCAAGGAAAAAAUUGUGAAAAGGGCUGUAACUCGAGAGCAGAUAUAAUUUUUCUUGUUGAUUCUUCGGGCUCAGUUGGAAGAGAUAAUUUUUAUAAAAUACUAAAAUUCAUCGUAAAAAUUACAUCAGAUAUGCAAGUUAGCCAAAAUCAUACAAGAAUAGGAAUUGCAACCUACUCUAAUGAUGCAAGAAUAGAAUACUACUUGAAUGAAUUUAACAAGAGUUCUGAAUUGGAAAAUAUAUCUCAAAGAAUACCAUAUAGGUACGGCGGAAGUCACGUAGCUAAAGGUUUUGAAGUUAUUUGUAACGAAGCGUUCGUCCUUAACAAAGGAGAUAGACCAAGCGCACCUAAUUUCAUUGUCUUAAUAUCCGAUGGUGUAUCCAAUAUUAGAAAGUGGAUGACUAUCCGGCAAGCAGAAGAAUGUAAGGAUUCCGGUGUUAGAAUAUUUGGUCUUGGCGUGGGUUUAUCUCCCGAGAUCGAAAUAAAAGCAGUUGUAAGCGAAGAUACUCAAAGGCACACCUAUCUAAUAGGAAAUUUUGACGAAUUACUUAAUAUUUCGGAAAAUAUUAAUCAAGCCAUUUGUGAAGAAUCUGAUAUGUGCGUUAAUAAUCCAUGCAAAAACGAUGGCAUGUGCGUUUCUGGAACAAACUCAUAUAAAUGUCAAUGCCCUGAUGGAUUUUCUGGGAAAAAUUGCGAAAGGAAUUGUCAUAUGGCAAUAGACGUUGCCUUCAUUGUCGAUUCAUCGAGUCUGCUUAAAAAGAGACGCUUUAAACUGCUUUUACACUUUACUAAGGAGAUUAUCAAAAAAUUCGAGUUUGCAUCUGGUAAAACAAGAGCUGCGCUUAUCACUUACAAUAGCUUUUCAACAAUUCAUUUCAAUUUUUCUACCUAUCGCUCACGUGAUGAUAUAUUAUCGGCUAUAGACAGGGUUCCAUACGUCCCAAGUGAAUCUCACGCUGCUGACGCUUUCCGAGUGAUGACUGAAAAAGUUUUUAAUCCGAAAAAUGGGGAUAGACCAUCUGUUCCAGAUGUUUGCAUCUUUCUUACUGGAACCAUGUGGAAUGUUAGGCCGCAAAACACCAUAAAAGAAGUAGAAAAGGCUAAGCGGGUGGGGGCGAAAUUCUUUGUUAUUGGAGUAGGGAAGAGGUUAAGAAGAAGGGAUUUGCUGAGCAUAGCAGGGCAACCAGCUCAUUUAUUUAUGGUGCGAAAUUUUAGGAGGCUAUUGAAAAGUACGAGUAGAGUCUUAAAUAGGGUUUGUCAUCCAGGCGAAAUGAAAAAUGUUAAUACUAUGGAUAUUAGGCCUUCAGCAUUCGAUGGAGAAUGUAGUGAAUCGGUUGAUGUAGCAUUCGUAAUUGAUAGCAGUGGAAGUGUGUCAAGAGGAAAUUUCAAUAAAUUGUUAAUCUUUGUGGAAUAUAUGAUACGAUCAAUGGGCAUAAGAUACGGCAACAAUCGCUUUGCCCUAGUAACGUUUAGUAAUAAUGCAAAAUUAGUGUUUAAUUUGGAACGCCAUUCAACCAUCUCUUCCCUUUCAAAGGCUGUCAUGUCAGCUAAAUACACACCCGGUCGGACGAAUAUUGCUUCCGCCUUUAGAAUUUUACGUGAAUCUGUAUUCUUAUCAAAAUCCGGUGAUCGUCCUGGUAUUCCGAAUAUUGUCGUCCUUAUUAUCGAAGGACUUUCAAACUACGAUAGCAUUAAAACCAUAGGAGAGGCGAAUAAACUGAAGAGAGAAAGAAUCAUUAUUUUUGGAGUAGGUAUUUCCAUGGCCGAUAAUUACGAACUCAAGAAGAUUGUAGAGGAUGAACAAAGGAUAUUUAAUGUAAAUAAAUUUGACGAUUUAAGAUCUAUUUACGUAGGCCUAAAGAAAAAAAUAUGUUCAUCGAGAGAGAACGUUGAACAGUUGGAUUUUACAAAUCAGUGUAAACAUAAUCCUUGUAAAAAUGAAGGAUUAUGUAUUGAUGGAGAUUUUACAUUUACGUGUAGGUGUAUACCAGGCUAUAGAGGAAGACAUUGCGAAAUACCACCUUGGCAUAAAAUCAAUAUUACGGGAUGCCCACAUAAAUUGGAUAUAGGCUUUAUAGUUGAUUCCGAAAAGGAAGUUGGGGAAAAGAACUUUAAUAAAUCUAUCCAAUUUGUUAAUGACGUUAUUAAGAAAUUAGGAAUGGAACACGAUAUUACAAGACCGGCUUUAAUAACCUUCUCCAAUCGUGCUAGGAUACGACUAUAUCUAACGAGCGAUUCAUCGAAAUUCUCAAAAGUUGUUAAUAAUAUUCCGUACGUCUCUCGGGAAAAGAACAAAGCGAAUGCCAAAGAAAGAGAGGAAACAAGUAUCGUUGAAGCAUUUACUGUUACACGAAAGAAUGUCUUCCUUAUUAGAAAUGCCGAUAGACCCGGUAUACCCAAUCUAGCCGUUUUAAUAACUGAUGGCUUAACGACAGUUGAGGAACCAAAAACUAUUCGAGGUGCACAGAGACUAAGGGCUAGCGGAACUAAUUUAACUGUAAUCUAUGUCGGAAAGAAAAUUACGGAUUUAGUUAGUAAAAUUGCUGAAGGAAAACAGGAAAUGACGUUUAGAAGGGAAACUUUUGACGAUUUAAAUUCGGAAUUUGUCAAACAUUUUACUGAAAGAGUGUGCCAGAGACUUAAAAAGCUUCCUAGAUACAAAUAAUAGAUUCAGCCGUUAUGUUUACAGUAAAUUCUAUGUUCUAAUUAUACAGUAUAUAUAGUCUAUGCAAAUUAAAUACAAUAUCUGACAUGUAACUGAAAAUUCAUAUAUAAAACUUGGAAUAUUUAAUACAUU